CUUUUGAUAACAUCGCUUCUCCACCAUCCAUCGCUAAUCAACAACUGCGCACUAGCUUUUCCUGGCGAAGAAAAACAAACAGCCAACAGAGUCGAGUUCGUUCGGAGCCAUUUCGCAGUUAAAUCCAAGCAAGAGCCAUGACUAUUCUGGGAAAACUACGGGGCGAGAUCAAGGACCAGGAGAAGGUUCCCCUGCCGAUGAACCUCAACGAUGAGGCGCUCAUGCAUCAUGGCUCGCUCAUCGCACCGAAAGUCGCUUAUAGCGACACUGAAGCCGAUACAGAGUCGAUGGUCUUCAACCGGCCGCAGCACCACUGCCUGAAGUCCUUCUUGCUGUUCCUGAUCGCGCUAGUGGUGAUGCUGAUGGGCGUCCUUGGAGGAUGGACCCUGUACCGUCUGUACGCCCCAUCCCACGCCAGCAUGCGUUACCAUGCCCUUUGCGAGAUUCCCUACCCGGAGGAUUCCAUGGAGCUGCCCCGCGUCUAUCCCCGCAGCGAGGAACCCUUUGCCCUCACCUGGCGCUCCCUGCUGCCCCAUUUCGACGCCAGCGAUAACUUCCCGGACAACAGCCUGCUUGGCGACGACAGAGGCUUCUUCCGCGAGGACAUCGAGCUGGACGGCGACAGCGACGACGACAGCUACGCCAAGGUGGAUGUGCCCGACUUCAAGGAUGGGCGCCGCGGCCGGUUCAUGCACGACUUCAAGGAGAACCAGUCGGCCAUCAUCGACACCACCACCGGGCGGUGCUUCAUCAUGCCCCUGGACCGGGAGACCACCCUGCCGCCCACCAGCUUCGUCGACCUGAUGAAGAAGAUGGGCACCGGCUACUACAACAUCGACACGGAGCGCGUCCGGCGCCAGAUGCGAGUGGUGACGCCCCGCAUCACCGAUCUCUCGCUCAUCUCGGAGCGCAUCGCCAACGAGUGCUACGACAUGAAGGUCUAUCUCAUGGAGAAGUUCGUCUCGGGAGUCUCCAAGCGAUCCGCCGAUCCGCUACCCGACUCCGGCAAGUACGCCGAGUUCAUGGGCAAGGGCCUGAUCGAGUACGACCUGGCCAACAUAGCCGAGGUGGAGGCCUACGAGGCCAACGAGGCCAAGCAGCAGCUGCUGGCCUGAGCGGCCCCAGUCCGGAGGACGAUCUUUUAAGCUACAACGCCCCAUAUGAAUACACCUAAUGAACCUAAACAAAUUAUUAAUUAGAAUCGAUUUAUACAUAUAACGAAAGAGAGAGGAUGGAAGGAUGAGGAGGUUAUCUGCCCAGGAGAGCUGGUUACACCACUGGUUAGCUGGACACAGGCCCGAGCGGCGGGCGACGGAUUAUCAAUAGGCCCGGAGACAGUUUUGUGAAUCAGAGACGAGACCCUAGAACAAAAAAAAUGGAAAAUGAAAAACGAAAAUGUACCUAGAACGCAAUCAAAAGCGAUCGAUGAAAUUGUGACAAAUACGAGCAAUGUAUUAGCCUCAAGAGCGGAAGGAAGACGGAUUGGAUUGGAUCGGAUCGAGUGGUGGGUGGGAGUACGUUAGAUCGGUACACACACACACACACACACACACACACACAGUGCGGCAUUCCAAGUACAUAUUUUAUAUAUAUGCUCUUUAAUCUAACUAUUAACGUAUAGACCGGAUCCCGAUCCAUAUCGAAGCUAUUUACAUGCGAAUCCAAAACCACAAACCAAAACCCAAACCAAAUCAGCCAGAAACCGAAAAAUGGGGAGACACAGAAACUAUCAGUAUGCGUCGGAUGAGGAGCGGCAGAGAAACAGAUUAAUCUAAAUGUUCUUUAAACUAAUUAAAUGUAUUCAACGCGAAUUUGUGAUCUUUAA